AUGAAUCCUUGCCGUGAAGGAGCUGUGCUGUGCCAGCAGGUCGCCAUGAGAAGCAGAUACUCCCAGUAUUACAAUCGGACUCUGAUCCCCUAUUACUAUGUGUUCGCCAAGAACAUGACCAUCGAGGACCUGGACAAGCGCUACGAGGCCAAAAAGUUGCUGACAGACCCCAGCAUCAUCAUCGUGGUCCUGUGCACUAUUAUCAUCCUGGAGAACCUGCUGGUUCUCAUCGCCGUGUGUCGCAACAAGAAGUUCCACUCGGCCAUGUUUUUCUUCAUCGGAAACCUGGCCUUCUCCGACCUAUUGGCCGGCUCGGCCUACAUCGCCAACAUUUUCCUCUCGGGCUCACGGACAUUUGACCUGGUGCCCGUGCAGUGGUUCAUUCGUGAGGGAACGGCGUUCAUUGCCCUGGCGGCCUCGGUCUUCAGCCUCCUGGCCAUCGCCAUCGAGCGCUACAUCGCCAUCACCAAGGUCAAAGUCUACGGCUCCACUAAAACGUGCCGCAUGUUCCUGCUCAUCGGAGCCUGCUGGGUGAUGUCCAUCCUGCUGGGCGGGCUCCCCAUCAUCGGGUGGAACUGCAUUGACAAUCUCCCCGAGUGUUCCGCAGUGCUGCCACUCUACUCCAAGAAGUACAUCCUCUUCGUGGUGACCAUUUUCAGCCUUAUCUUGCUCUCUAUCGUCAUCCUCUACGUGAGGAUCUACUUGAUCGUACGCUCAAGCCACCAGGAGGCCACUAACUCCCCCGCCUACGCCCUCUUGAAAACGGUCACUAUCGUGCUCGGGGUCUUUAUAAUGUGCUGGCUCCCCGCUUUCACCAUCCUCCUCCUGGAUUCGUCCAGCACCAUCCAGUCCUGCCCGAUCCUCUCCAAAGCCAACAUCUUCUUCGGCUUCGCCACGCUCAACUCUGCGCUCAACCCGGUCAUCUACACGCUGCGCAGCAAGGACAUGCGGAAGGAGUUCCUGCGCGUACUGUGCUGCUGGGGGGUGCUGCAGAGCGGGCGGCCCGCCGAACGUUGCCUGGUGCCGCUCAAGAGCUCCAGCUCCCUCGAGCACUGCACACACAAACACGAACACCAAACCACGCCCAUUAUGCAGCACUGCACCACAUGCGUGUGA